CUUGAUUUACCUUUCAAGGUUCUGUUGAGGGCUUGUCAUUUCCUUGAUUUUGAUUCCCAAAUCAAUCAAGGCGAGUUGGCACAAGUUAUUAAGCCAGAAAGAAAAUCAGUUCCAAAUUGAUCCAGCUGUGUAAUUGCAGUCAUGUUUCCCACACUGCCUAUUGAGCCUGCUAAAAUAGAGGAGCGUUCUAAGGAGGAGGUUCGUGCCAAUCUGGUGGUUUUCGCCAUCACCUGUGCUCUAAUCCGAUUUAUUCCGAUGGCCAUAAGGAAAAUAGCUUAACGUACCCCUUGGAUGGCUCUUUGGGGAAUCGGUGUUUAAGGCAUCACGUGCUACUAAGGUUAUACUGAUCAUUAAUACUGUUAUGCGAAGUGAAAAUAAAUAAAAUAACCAACA